CUAGCUGCUGCAGUAGCUGUAGCCACCUUACCCUAUCUCGAUAAGAUUCCCCAGCAUGAUUCUAUCUUGACAGGCCAUUUGUGGGUCCGAGAGCUCCUAUCAGGUCAUCCCUGUCACUUCCAUAAUAUGAUGGGCCUUUCCAAGCCAGUAUUUCACCAAUUACUCCAUGAACUUGGUGAAUAUGCAGGCCUUGCACAUUCAAGAUAUAUA